CGAAGCCCCACACUCACAAAACCCAACCCCACUUAAUAGCGAAUGGCUCCUUAUAUAAAUCUGUGGUAAUCCAGAUCUCAUCAUCAGUUUCAAUUCAAACAGAUCAUCGUUCUUACCCAAGUAUACAACCAUGAGAAUUAUUGGUGCAACCGUAAUCUUCGCUCUAGUGUUGGGAACCCAAGCCGGCUUCUUAGGCGACUCCGGAGGCCACGAGGGCGGCGGACUGGAGCUGGGUGGCGGCGGCGGCGGUGGAGGUGGUGGCGAAUUCCAUGGCUGGGAAGGUGGCUGGAAAGGUGUCGAUUUCGGUGGCCAGGACGGCGGCCACGAGCACCACGAAAUUCCAACCAAGACCAUCGAACAUACCAAACCCGUUCCAAUCCAUGUGGUCAAAAAGAUCGGAGUGCCUGUGCCCCACCCCGUAGGUGUCCCGGUGCCCCAAGUCAUUAAAGUCCCGGUGCCGCAGCCCUACCCCGUCCGCAUCCCUGUGCCCAAACCGGUGGCAAUACCAAUCUACAAAUUGGUACCACAAGAAAUCGAAAAGAAGGUCCCCAUUACGGUGGAGAAACUCGUUCCUGUCUAUGUCAAAAAACCAUACAAGAUUGAAAUCGAGAAACACCAUCCGGUCCACAUCAACAAACCCUACCCCGUCCAUGUGCCCAUCUACAAACAUGUCUAUCACCACGUGUCCAAACACGGAGGCGGUGGUGGCGGUGGUGGUGGAGGAGAAGGUGGACAUGAAGGCGGCGGAUGGCAUUAGGUCCAAUUUUGUUUCUUGUUGAUUAAUUUUAUUUCCUGUUGUUGUUAUUUCUUUUUUUACUUUUAUAAUUAAAGACUGUGUCUGUUUUCUUCAA